UAUGAAGGAAGAUGCUAAUUACUGCAGAAACCCCGACCUGUCAUCUGGGCCCUGGUGUUACGUACAGGGAGAAGGGGGUCCAAAAAAGGAAUAUUGUGAAAUAAAAUCAUGUGCGGAUUCACCGUGUUUUCCCAAUCCCUGUAAGAACAGAGGCCAUUGUGAGGUGAACGGAACAUCCUAUAACUGUACCUGUCUGGAGGGAUUCAAAGGAACUAAAUGUGAAAUACAAGAUCUACAGCAGGAGGCUGAUUGUAAAAGAACUAGCACAGGAUGGGAUUAUCGCGGGAUGAUUAACGUGACAAAAUCUGGGAGGAUCUGCCAGGCGUGGGCGUCCCAGACUCCCCAUGCACAUUCCAUUGGGACGACCAGAGCUGAGAACUACUGUAGAAAUCCCGAUAAAGAACCAGCGCCCUGGUGCUAUACCACGGACCCAAACAAACGCUACGAGCUCUGUGAUGUUCCAGAUUGUGCGACUCCAGCACUAGAAUGCCUCCCUACCUCGGAUCCUAAAGGUGAACGCUACUUCGGUAGACAUAAUGUUGCAGAUACUGGAGACUUAUGUCAAGCCCGCCCCCUGGUGUUACACCGUCAACCCUAAAGUUCGAUGGAGCACCUGUUAUAUUCCUUAUUGUUGAUGUAGCACCUGUAAAAUUCCUUAUUGUUGAUGCAACACCUGUAAUAUUCCUUACCUGUCAUAUUCCUUACUGUUGACACAGCACCUGUAAUAUUCCUGACUUGUAAUAUUUCUUAAUGUUGGCGGAGUACCUGUAAUAUUCCUUACUGUUCAUAUUAAGGACGUGUUAAUAUGAACAAUUAGUUUGUUUAACAAAGUGCUGUACUUUUCCUUCGUUGAUUUGCAUACAUACGAUUUUCAUGUUAACCUUUAACCUUCGUUGAUUUACAUACAUACGAUUUUUGUGUUAACCUUUAACCUUCGUUGAAUUGCAUACAUACGAUUUUCAUGUUAACCUUCAACCUACGUUGAUUUACAUACAUACGAUCGUCAUGUUAACCUUUAACCUUCAUUGAUUUGCAUAUAACGAUUUUCAUGUUAACCUUUGACCUUCGUUGAUUUACAUACAUGCGAUUUUCAUGUUAACCUUCUGCAAUUUUUUGAACUGCAGAACAAAUAAGCUUGACAUUGCAACACUAACAUCGUAUGCUAAAAUCAAACAGUUUUGAAAGAAAGUGAAUGUAUCUCGCACGCUUGUGCAAUGUAAUUAUAUUUUAUCUCAAUUAAAAUUAUAUAGUACACUUGUUUAGUAUGAAUCAUACGCUUGUACAAUGUAUUUAUAUUUUAUCUCUAUUAAAUUUAUA